AUGCCGGUAUUUCAGGCCAAGACGUUUCGACGCGCAACAACAGCAUCGUCUACUCUCGGCGAACGAAUUGGUGCAGCUUACCGGGCUCAUCUAACCAAGCGCCCAUUUCUACUCUUCGGCCUUCCUUUUAUUAUGAUAAUAGUUGCCGGGUCUUUUGCUUUAACACCCGCUGCCGCUCUGAGGUACGAGCGGUACGAUCGCAAAGUUAAACAAUUAAGUCAAGAGGAAGCAAUCAACCUAGGCCUCAAAGGGCCCGAUGGCGACGAGGGUAUUAAGCGAAAUCCACGGCGACGAAUCAUUGGUGAUGAAAGGGAGGAGUACUAUCUAAUCCGGUAUCACUGCUACAGCGGCUCAUGGCCAAAGAUCUUGAUGAUUGGGAGCAAAAGAGAGUACAACGCUUCAAAGGCGAACCCGAUGGGAAACUCUGAGAUGCGCCACGCUUGCUUUAAUAAUAACCCCGACAUGGUUCACUAUUUGGUGAUAGCCACAUAA